AUCCAUCAACGUCCCUCCACUUAUUUACAACCCUGCCACUUUCAUAAUUUUUUAAUCACUCUGCAGCAGCAACGAGUUUUCUGGGUGGAUGAUGAUAAUUAAGCUUUUUUUUUUGUAAAUGCUUUAAUGGAAGGACCUUGACUCCACACCUCUCUCUCUCUUUUCGAGGAAACCUUUUAAAGAAAUGUUACUGGAGAAAGAGCUGCAGAGUUCAUCACCAGCUAGCGUCUCGGGAGCAUAACUACCUGGGCCUCUCUGACUGUUCCUCUUCCUCUGUUGGAAGCUCGACUCUCUCUGGCCUUGAUGACAAAGCUGCUAUUAGCCUGAAAGCUACGGAGCUGACGCUUGGCCUUCCUGCCAGAGAGACCGAUGAGAAGCCUUUCUUUCCUUUGGUUCCUUCCAAAGAUGAGGUUUCCUUGAAGAAAAGAGGCUUCUCUGAUGCAAUGGAUAAGUCUAAAAGUUCGGUUUAUACUGAGAAAAACUGGAUGUUUCCUGAAGGGGUAGCAGCUAACCAAUGUGUAAUGAAGAAGGAGGCGACGCAGAACAUGCCCAAGGGACAGAUUGUUGGUUGGCCUCCAGUGAGAUCCUACAGGAAGAAUACGUUGGCCACCACUUGUAAGAACAGUGAUGAAGUUGAUGGGAAGCCAGGUUCCGCGGCGGCCCUCUUCGUGAAGGUCAGCAUGGAUGGUGCUCCUUAUCUGAGGAAAGUUGACCUGAGGAGCUACACUAACUACAUGGAGCUUUCUUUAGCCUUGGAGAAGAUGUUCACCACUUUCACUCUUGGUCAAUGUGGAGCUAACGGAGCUGCAGGGAAGGAUAAGCUCUGUGAGACCAAACUCAAGGAUCUUCUGAAUGGAAAAGACUAUGUGCUCACGUAUGAGGACAAGGAUGGAGACUGGAUGCUUGUUGGAGAUGUUCCAUGGGAGAUGUUUAUUGAUGUCUGCAAGAAGCUGAAGAUAAUGAAAGGCUCUGAUGCCAUUGGUUUAGCUCCGAGAGCAAUGGAGAAAUCGAAGAUGAGAGCUUGAAAAUUAGAAGCUUUCAAGUUAUACAGAUUAUGUGCGGUUGAAAUAUCUCUUUUGGUGGUGUUUUAAAAAAUUUCAAAACAUCUUUAGCUUCUGAUUUUUUUUUCUAUUAUAAAAACUACGUUUGUAAGAAAUGAAGAAGAAUUGACUACGCUUUAGCCGAAACAGUAAAGUGGUCGCUGUUUCUACUUUCUAGAGUCUGGUCUAUGUUUGGUUUGAUUUGAUUUCGAUGUGUGGUUUGACUUUUCUAUUUUGGGAUAUUAAUGUAAUGUUAUUCUGCCUC